CGCAUUAAACUGCGCGUCUUGCUGCCAGAAUGCAGCAACUUGAUCAGAUGGACUGAUAAUGGAGAGAAGCUGACGCACCGUUAUUCUGUCGCCCGUUCACUUUCCUCAGCGAAGCUUUUCCUAAUGCCAUUACAUUUUACAUGCUACGAUAGAGCGGCAAAAACGCUCUACAUUAUUUGGGGAACUUUUUGACCGGCGUACAACAGCCUUAUCCUUCUUGUUUUCCCCCUCAUUUGGACACUUUUACUGCGUAAUUACGCACGACAUGCAAAAAGGAAUGGCUCCUCGUCGAAGACAAAAAGCGGGAGUACAAACUAUUUUACACGUGUGCCUCUCUAUUUCUGUGGUUUUCUCAUACAAUAUAGACUUGGAACAUCCGUUGGUGUUCCGUGGACCUAAUUCAAGUUUUUUUGGCUACUCUGUGCUGGAGCAUUAUCAUGACAACACGCGCUGGGUCAUAGUAGGGGCGCCCAGGGCCGACUCAAUCUACAGUAGUUCUGUGCAAGCUCCUGGUGCUGUGUUCAAGUGCAGAGUCCACAGCAACCCGGAGCGCCGCUGCACAGAGAUGGACUUGGGAAGAGGAAACAAGCCCCGAGAGUCUUGUGGGAAGACAUGCCAAGGGGACAGAGCCGAUGAGUGGAUGGGAGUAAGCCUGGCCCGUCAGAACACAGCCGACGGCAGAGUACUGGCCUGCGCCCAUCGCUGGAAAAACGUCUACUAUGACUCGGAGCAUAUCCUUCCGCAUGGAUACUGCUCCAUCAUCCCAUCAAAUCUCCAGGGCAGGACGCAGCCGCUCAUCCCAUGUUAUGAAGAUUAUAAGCAGAAGUAUGGGGAAGAGCACGGCUCCUGCCAAGCUGGGAUAGCGGGAGUUUUUAGAGAGGAGCUGGUGGUGAUGGGUGCCCCUGGGUCGUACUACUGGACCGGAACAAUUAAGGUUUACAACCUGACGUCUGACACCUUCUACAGUCCAAACAAAGAUGAUGUUGACUCCCACAGAUACAGCUACCUUGGCUACGCUGUGACUGCAGGACACUUCUCCUCUCCUAAUGUGAUUGACAUAGCUGCGGGGGCCCCUCAGCACAACGGCAGUGGGAAGGUUUACAUUUUCAAAAUUGACGGUGUAUCUUUGGUGAAGAGUUUUCAAGCUUCAGGGAAAAUGAUGGGCUCUUACUUUGGCUCCUCAUUGUGUGCAGUUGAUCUGAAUAAGGACGGCCUGUCAGACCUGCUGGUGGGGGCACCCAUGCACAGCCAGCUACGGGAUGAGGGCCGCGUAUCUGUGUACCUCAGCAAGGGCAAUGGGGUGAUGGAGGAGCAGGCUUUUUUGACCGGGGACAAUGCUUACAACGCACACUUUGGAGAGUGCAUUUCCUCGAUUGGAGACAUCGAUGACGAUGGCUAUCAAGACGUAGCCAUAGGAGCACCGAAAGAGGACGACUAUGGAGGAGCUGUUUAUAUCUAUCACGGAGAUGCCACGGGAAUCAUCAGCAAAUAUUCCAUGAAAAUAACUGGGCGCAGUGUCAAUCCUGGUCUCCAGAUGUUUGGACAGGCAAUAUCUGGCAGUGUGGACAUGGACGGCAAUGGAUACACAGAUGUCACAAUUGGAGCGUUCAUGACGGAUAGUGUGGUGCUACUGAGGUCCCGGCCUGUCAUUACAGUGGACGUCUCCAUCUUCUUGCCUGUGUCCAUCAACAUUUCUGUACCUCAUUGCCACGAGGGCCAGCACAUGAAUUGCUUCAAUAUCACAGUCUGCAUGCACUUCCAUGGAAGACAACUUCCUGGACAAAUAGAGCUGCUCUACAACCUGACGGCUGAUGUGGAUAAGAGACAAAAGAGCCUGCCUUCACGGGUAUACUUCAUUCAAAGCGGCUCUCAGAUCAGUCAGAAGAGCCAGAAACUCAGCCUGGACGUCAACAAGAACGAGUGCCAGCGCUACACUGCCUAUGUCAAAAAGGAUGUGAAAGAGGUGUUCACAGCCAUCACGUUUGAGGUGUCGUACAGCCUUGGGAAGCAUGUACUAAGUGGAGACCAGGAGCGAGACCUGCCUGCCCUCACCCCAGUGCUACGCUGGAGGAAAGGAAAAAAGAUUGCAGUGAGGAAUGAGACUUGGUUUGAGAAGAACUGCCUGUCAGACGACUGUGCUGCGGACCUGCGGCUCCAUGGAAAGCUGUUGCUUUCUGGGGCACAUAGCAAGCCCCAUUUGGCCCUGGGAGGAGUAAGGAACGUCUCGUUGAACUUGACCAUCUCUAACGCUGGCGACGACGCCUACGACACCAACGUCUAUCUCAACUUCUCCCGAGAGGUUUUCUAUAUCAACUUCUGGCAGAAGGAAGAGAAGGGUAUUUCCUGUGAACUUGUGGACUUGGACUUCCUCCGAUGCAGUGUGGGAUUUCCGUUCAUGAGAGCACAGACUAAGUAUCAUUUUGCAGUCCUUUUUGACACAAGUCAGAUAUCUGGGGAAAAUGACACAUUGCAGUUCUUGGUGCAAGCAAAGAGCGCCAAUCCGGAGCACAAACUCUCCGACAAUGUUGUGGAUCUGUCCAUCCCGCUGAUUCAUGAGACUGACACAACAAUUACUGGUGUGGUGACACCGAGCUCCUUUGUGUAUGGAAACUCCAUCGACGCCUCACGCUUCGUCCACCUCGAAGACAUGGAGUGCAACUUCCAGCCUCUCAAUGUCACUUUCCAGGUGAUAAAUAACGGGCCCAGCCGGCUGCCAGGCUCCACUGUUGAUAUCAGGAUACCCAACCGGCUGGCUGGCAAUGGAGCUGAUAUGUUCCACAUUGUUGAGACACAGGUGGCUGACAACCGAGGAAACUGUACCCCACAUAGGAACCCGACACCUUGCACGAUCCCCCAGGACCGAGAGAGCAUCUUCCACACUAUAUUUGCCUUUUUCACUAAAUCAGGCCGCAAAGUCUUGGACUGUGACCGGCCGGGAAGAGCUUGUAUGACAAUCUCCUGCAGUCUGGGGCCGCAGCUAAAAGAAGAAGCUUUGAAUAUAGAUAUACAAAUUUUACUCAACACUGAAAUUCUGAAGAGGGAUACUUCCUCUGUGAUUCAAUUUGUGACACGUGGCCAUGUGCAAGUAAAUGACAGGACAGUUGAGGUGUCCAAAGGCCUGCCAGAAGACAUCUCUCUGACCUUCGAGGCACUGCACAGUCAGGAGCCCCGAGGCUAUGUGGUGGGCUGGAUCAUCGCCAUCAGUCUGCUGGUGGGGAUCCUCAUCUUUUUGCUCCUAGCUGUGCUGCUAUGGAAGAUGGGCUUCUUCCGUCGGCGGUACCGCGAGAUCAUCGAGGCCGAGCGGAACAGGAAGGACAGCGACGAUAGUUGGGAUUGGAUGGAAAAGAACCACUGAGACUUACGGUGGUGGCGGUGGGGGUCCCUGUGGAACCAAAGACCUUUAGGAAUUGGUUCGGGACGAAUACAAUGGCACGGGGCUCCUUUAUAGCCUUGCCACCCUGGUGGCACCAGGCCCAUCAAGCCUUCCAUAUGUGGAAGAAGAAGAAUAUUCUCCAUAUUUUCUGGAGACUUGAUAUGUUUCAAGGGUGGGGGUCCGGGAACUUGCGAGGUGACAGCGUGGCCUGCCAGAGGACGAAGAAUUCUAAUAACUUCCAGCUGCCGGCGUGGAGCUGCCGCUGUAAGGUCCGAAUGUGGAUACUGGUGGGCAACAAAAACCUCAGGGCUGUGUUACAUAGCAACUUUAUUUUUAUACAAUUUAAGCCAUAUUGUGCAAAAUGUGGUCUUGGAGAGGCGUUAGGGCCAUUCUAAACAUACUGUCUCGAGUAUGUUUUCCUAAAAGCACUGAUGUCUGAUACACCUGAACGCCUCAGUUACAGAAAUCCUGCCCAGAACAGAUUGAACAUGUUCCGUAUUUUGAGAAUGGACAAUUCUAUCUUCUCAUUGAUCUUCCUUGAACGCUAAUGUUGUCUUUGAGACACACACACACAGUUUUAAACACUGUAGCCUCUGCUGCUGUUGUAGAGUUGGCCCACAAGUGCAGUGAAUGUGCUGGCAGAGGUCAUUAGCAAUAUUAACACAUUAUGGGUCAUGCUUUCUUAUCAUCUAUAUCAGUGUUUUCCAACAUUUAUUGAGCCAAGGCACAUUUUUUACAUAUACAUACAAACAUACAUCACCAAUCAAAAAAGUCACAGAAAUUGGAUAUGCAGGUUAAUUGCCCUCUAGUGGAAGUGCUUGUAAUUGCUCUGCCUGUCACUAUAUGUCACUGUCAUAGCUAGAUGAACAAAGAUACAUUAUUUGUAGUAAAUACAUUUUUUUUACAGACCAAUUAAGUGAAAAUUGAUUAUUUCCCUGGAAUUGGCUGGCAACCGGUUCAAGCUGUACCCCGCCUCUCGCACCGAGAUAGCUGGGAUAGACUUCAGCACGCCCGCAACCCUAGUGAGAAUAAGCGGUACGGAAAAUGGAUGGAUUAUUUCCCGCGGCAUAUCGGAUCUCUCACGGCACACUGGUUGGGAAUCACUGAUCUAUAUUAAAUGUGAAUGUUGAGUCAUAAAUCUUCCUGCCAGAAUCUUGAGAUGUGUGGCUUUCCUUACUAUUCCUUUACUUGUAGUUUGCCUAUUCAGUUUAUAAUUUCCAAGGGAAAAAACUUCCUGAAAUGGCAUCAGUGUUGAUGACCAAGUAGUUCACGUUCAUUUUCUGUGAUGUUUCAAAGGAAGGACUAUUUUUAAAGCGAAAUGUGCUAAUUAUUCUCAAAAUCAUUGCUCAAUAUGUAAAUUACUGACCCUGAAAAUUUGUAAAUAACCUCACCUAACACAACAUUAGGUACACCUUUACAUUCUCAUUUCAGCUACUGCAGUGGAACCUCCAAAGUGGAACACAAUGUGUUCCGUGAUACUGGUUGUUCUAAUUUUAAAACAAAGAAACAAAAAUAAAAUAAAGUAAAUGAAUUCUCUCCAUGCUCAAACUAGCAUCAUUAUAAAAUCUCAAUUUACUGUACAAGCGAUGUUUUAAUUGGGGAUGUUCAUGAAUAUUAACUCUUGAGUACUCACUGAUACCGAGUACCACUAGUACUUUUGAUACAUAAAACUUCAAUGAACACAAUGAAAGAUUAUUGUGACCAAAGACCUUUCUUUCUUUCUGACACACAUGAUGAUUCGGCGAUUGGUCAAACCGCCGCAGUGUAGCACAAACUACUGGUGAGGAGGACGUAUCCUCAAUGUCAGAUUUUUUUUUUUACCUAAGUAUUGGUGGCUGGUAUCGGCAGCUUUCAUGAGUACCCGAUACAUUGAAAUAAGGCUGGUAUCAGCCCGAGACUGAUCGGUACUCACCCGUCCCUUGUUUUAACACACAUUUUAACAUUCUUGACUGUCAUAAAAAUGUAACAAGAAGUUAACCACAAAUAAAUAAAUACAAAUGAAAUAGUAAAGCUACUCACCUAUUGAAGACGCCUGACAGAUGGAACGGAGUUGGAACAGGAAGGUGCUGUUCAUAGAGCAAUACUGUCACCUUGGCUGUUUAUAAGGAUUGCUGGAAUUAAUAAAUAUGUUAAUCAGUG